AAACUAUUAAUUGUUAAAAUAAUGAAACCCCAUAAAAAGAAGCCGCGACAACGUAAUCGUCCACGCAAUAAAGCCAAUCGUUUAAAAAAUUUGGAAAUUCCAGACGAAUCAAUAAAUGAAGAAAUUACAGAAACUACAAUUAAGGCCGAAGAGACCGACGAUGACGACAGUCUGCCCGAGUUAAUUGAUGAGACGAACGAUUCCCUAAAUAAUAGAGAUCAAAGUUCGAGCGGCUAUAAGGCUUUCGAAAAUUUGGAGAAUGUCUUAAAACAGAACAUACAAAAGUUGAGCAGAAAGGAGGAAAUUCUAAAAGACGAAUUAAAAGCGGUUUCGGACGAUCAGUUUCGUGACAGCGCUCUCCAAAAUACAGAAAUUUCAACUGAACCUAACAAUCAACAAAAUGUUUUCAUACAUAACUUACAACAACAAAUGGAAUCGAUGAUGGCGAAUGGCAGUGAAGAUCUACCUCAGACCAUAAUGGAAAAUCUUAAGAAAAUGUUAAAUCAAGCGCCGAUUAGUGAUGUUGAGACUUCCGACGAGGAGGAUGAAUUCAUCGAGUAUAUCUAUAAGCCGCGUAAAUACUUUUUGAUAUCGUUGUGCAAUUUGUGUAAAUGUGAUCUAUGCGGUCGGACUGGGAUGGUGCAGUGUUCCCGGUGUAAACUGAGUUAUUAUUGCUCCAAAGGGCAUAUGAGAAGUGAUAUUGAACACCGUCAGUUAUGUUUUGCUUUAAAACAAGUGGCCGAUAGCAGUGGCGAGCAUAUAUUUUAUAAAUGUUCAAAUUUCACAUCUGAACAAUUUCGAUCGUAUCGGAUUAUAACUAUACGUAAUGUAGAAGCGGUCAUAAAUCGUCCUCUAACUGCGACCGAACAAGAGUUAAUACUAUUUGGACGACUCUGUUGCAAUGUAAAAUGUAGAGAAUAUCGUUUUGAGAAAUUGAUAAAUUGCAACAAUUGCGGCAUGGUAUCGUACUGCAGAGAAAACCCGCAACAUUUGCCUAAUGAUCAUGAGAAAUGGUGCAAAGCAUUUCAGCUGUUUAAACAACUAAUAAUACAUCAAGAAAAAUUCGGCCGUUUGGAACCUCAGUUGCCAAAAAAAAUCUUAAAAGACUUACCCGUUAAUUGCUGCAAAACUAAAGAUAUCUACAAAAAGUUGAACAUAAAUUUAACGGAAAACAGUUGUGAAUAUGCUGCUCUAACACAACUUUCUACAGUACCGUUAACAUCGUGGUAUACCCUCAAAUUAUGCGAUCAAUUAAGGGAUAAUCAGGAACUGACUAUACAUUUAAUAGGAGCCGAAAUUGAUUUUGAGGUCGAUAUCUUACAUAAAUGGGAAUUAUUCUUUUUACACAUCACGCCAACUCUAAGGCGACUAAAUGUGGUUUUUGUCGGUCCCGAGCUAAAUGCAUGCAAUAUAUCGUUUGAUCAGCUAAAGAAAACCAAGUGCUGCCGUUUUUGUCGUAAAAACAAACGUACCGUGAGUUAUUAUUUUGCAGCGAAUAUUUAUCAUGAAUACUGUCGAACGGUUGACUUUUUAAAGCCACAUUUAAUUUGCUUUUUUAAUGCCGGCCUUUAUCGUUCAACCGGCUACAAAAUGGAAGACACGUGGCCUGAAACUAUUCUAACAGCUUCUCAAUUAAAAGUGCCUGUUGUGGUAACUGCAUAUACUGAAUAUGAAAUGCCUUUGGAUUUAUCGCGAUUCUUGCAAGAAAGUAAUCGUCAUUUGAAUGUCAUUUUGCCGCCGCAUUUAAAUCCCUUCGCGUCUGUUAAGCCGGAACGCAACUUCAUAUCCGAUGAUGAGGUGCCCCUAAUGUUUAAAAAUUACUAUUGCUUUGUCGUCGAAUAA